AUGUCGUGCAUCACGCACGGCGGCCUGCGCGGGUUCUGGGGCAAGAUGUUCCAGAACGGGCAAGAUUGCCCGAACGCUUCCGAGCAUCAACCGGCGGCGAGGAUCAUACGCUCCACGGACAUGAGUGACGAAGACAAGCUCUCAAACAUCAUAAAGGAAGCAACGAGUCUCCUACAUCUCUCCAAGAAUAUCCUGGGAGACCCUCGCCUCGAGCGUCGUUAUCGCUCGGGGUGCACAACGGAGAUCAACAAGUAUCGUCUGGCCCAGUUCUCAUUACCAAAUGGCCAAUGGCAUGAUUUUCAUUCGCAUUACUUCACGAAGACUCAAGGAGCCGACCAGCGCAACGAUCACGGGGGCACGAUGACACCCAUGCCGAGCCUGGGCGGGGGCGAGUUUACACCGCACUUGCACCCAUGGUGCAAGACCCCAAACCUGUACCAUGUACUCGGGAUCGAACCAGAGCAGACAACGACAAAGGAGUUCCGCGAAAGGUAUCGCGUCUUGCACACGGACAGGCUGGCACAGCAGCCUGGCAACGGGCUCGAUCAAGUCGGAUUGCUCGCACAGAUAUUCAAGAAGCCGACCUAUCGACCCACGGUCUCUGUCUGGGAGGUUCCCCGUGCACUGGGCGGGCACCGGACGAUCGACGACUUGAGCGCUGUCGUCACGACACCCUGGUUGGAUGCGGAAGCUCCCAUGGAGUAUCGCAUGACCCCGCCAUUCUUCACCCACGAGCAAAACGAAGCCUUGCCUUGCGCGUGGCUCCAGGAACCGACCGACAAGCUGUACGAGGCGCUGGAGAGUCGUACUCCCCGAGAGCUAUUCCAGUGUUUCUACAGGAUCAUCUCGGACAGGUUCUACUCCCUUCACGCCACGCCCCCCGACCGCGUCGACUGGACUGGCGCAGCAGGCGAGCCCGAGACGGUUCAGCUAGGACCCGCUGCACGCAUCCGCUACCCCACGAGGGAGAACGAGCCCCUCGGGGAGAGCGUGCUCGGUAAAGGGGUGCUCCUACACGAUGUUGAACGCAUGACCUCCUACGAAGGAAUCAGCUUCGCCGACCUGGGGGCCCACGUGAGGGACUACCCGA